AGAAGAGCCAUCGAAGCCUCAGAGCAAAGUCACAGCCUGCACUGCGAGCCCACUGAAUGCCACGCCAUGCCGGUCCUGACACUCCACCACCGGUAUAGUCCACCGCUAUGAGGGGGUGAAACAACUCUUAAGUCAUCAGAAUGUUUUCGGAGGCGUUCCUUUGUACCGUCAUGUUUGAGAAGGAGAUGGACGGUAUCUCUGGGCAGGAUGAAGCACACAAUAAGAUUUCCCGGAGUCGUCCCCAUAACAAUGUGCACCAUGCAGAGGAACACCAUUGCUGUAAGGUGACAUCCACUGGGGGCCAUGAGGAGGAGCGUCACUGCCAUAAAUGGAAUUCUGCUGUGUCUUCAUCCCAAGCCUUGACCAUUCCCAGCAGAGAUGCGGUGGCCACUAGCGGUAGUCUGGACUUGUACACCUCCUGGUCCAGCAACUAUGCAAGCCUCUACAAAAAUUAUCCAGACCUUCACAUUGGAGGAGACCACAUCCUGAAGAAGAAGGACUCUGGCUGUGUCCUGGAGUGCGAGGAUGGCCCAGUGUUGCUCUCAGUGGACAUUGACAGCAGUAGUCCUCCUACUGACCUCCUGGAAGGACCUCCAGAAGAAGGUGUUCUAAACAGCGAGGACGGCAAUGUCUUACAAUCUUCCCCCUUUUCCAACUCUGUCCUCAAUGGCUUCCUGGAGAAAAAGAUGCAGGAGCUCUACAAACAAUGCUUUGAGGAGACUCUGCUGACCAACGGUUCUCCCAACCCCAGGUGGCCGUACGUCCUCAUGGCCAACCUCAACCAGAUGAGUCUGAUGGUUUCCCAGGAGCAGAACAUGGACCAGGCGAGGGCCAGAGAGGCCAUUCUGCAGUACCUGUGCAGUGCCACCAGCUCAGAGUUUGUUACCCCCAUCCUCCACAUCUCUGGUCAAGACAACAAGAAGAGAUCCAGCACUUUGUCAAAAAAGCUCCGCCCUUAAAAAAAAGCCAUUUUGCACACAGUAAAGGGUAAUGCCCUGGUGGCAUUGUGACUAGAGGUCAGAACUGGAUUAAUUCAAAAACCUUUCCCUUAGAAGGGUGUAGAAGGACCUCUGCACCUUCUCAAGCAGCUUCACAUAGUCAUCAACCAGGACAUAAAGACCUGAACAUCAGGGGGAACUCCUUAACCACAGCAAAUAUAAUCUAAAGCUGCACAAUGAACUCAAUGAACAUUUACUGUACAUAUUCUGUGCUGUGUAACGCUAGUAUGCCAUGCCUUGCAGGGGAUACCCCCCCAAUGCUGCGGUCAGGGCCGUUUGAAGGAAUUUGGGGGCCCCAAGCAAAAUGGGGGCCCCC